UAUUUUUAGCAACUAAUUUUCAUAAGGAAAAAAAUUAGUAAUUAGGGAAAUCUCCGACUUUAGCACCUGCAAAUGAUAUUUAAAUUUUAAGAUAAAUAAUUCAAUUUUGUCAUUAAAUAAUUAAUUAAAUCUAAGAUGGGUUGUGUUGUUGGCUCUCUGGCUUCUUCGGUGGCCUGUUGCUUCGGCAAUGCAGCCUGCAGUUUAUGCUGUAGCAUGUGCCCAUCGACUCGUAACUCGGUGGCCACUAGAAUUGCAUAUGCCAUUGUCCUCUUAUUGGGCACCAUUGUGGCGUGCAUCAUGCUGAACCCCUCCGUCGGUGCACAGCUGGCCAAGCUUGAUUUUUUGUGCAAGCCGACAACUUUCAUCCCCGGUUACACGAUUCCGUCUCUUGACUGUCAAUCAUUCGUUGGCUACAUGGCUGUCUACAAGGUUUGUUUCUCAAUGGCUUGCUUCUUCUUCCUCCUCUGCGUCAUCAUGAUCAACGUUAAGACAUCCAAAGAUCCUAGAUCUGCUGUUCAGAAUGGGUUUUGGUUCUUUAAAAUCCUAUUGCUAGUUGGGAUCUGCAUUGGGGCUUUCUUUAUAACUGGAGAAAAUGAGUUGAAGUUCAGACAAGCCUGGAUGGUGAUUGGGAUGAUCGGAGCGUUCGUCUUCAUCCUCAUCCAACUCAUCCUUCUUGUCGAUUUCGCCCAUUCCUGGAAUGAAAAGUGGAUCGGUCGCUAUGAGGAAACUGAGUCGAAGGCCUGGUUUGCUGGGCUCCUCUUCUUCACGGUGCUGUUCUAUGCCCUAUCCUUAACCCUGGUCGUCAUUUUUUACAUUUACUAUGCCCAUGAUGGUGAUUGUGGAUUGCACAAAUUCUUUGUCUCAUUCAACCUUAUCAUCUGCUUUGUGCUAUCCGUCUGCUCUAUUCUACCCAAGAUACAGGAAGCCAAUCCAAGAUCUGGAUUGCUGCAGUCUUCUCUGAUCACCCUCUAUACCAUGUACCUCACUUGGUCCGCCAUGACUAAUAAUCCAAAUCACAGCUGCAAUCCCUCAUUCACUGAAAUCCUGAAACCUCUGUAUCCCACUAACUCCUCUAUUCCCGGCGGCAACAGUACGGACGGAUACAUGGAUAUCUCGAAUGGUGUUGGUCUUGAUUGGAAGAGUAUCCUCUCCCUGGCUAUCUUCCUUGCCUGUGUGCUAUAUUCGAGUAUAAGGACGAGCUCGAUGAAUAAUAUGACUAAACUGAACAUUACCGGAAGACAGGAUGGGAUACUAGAUGAUGAAAAUUUGAUAAUUAAUCAAGCAUCAGCCGACGCCGGCGAAUCUGGUGGAAAAUCGAUCGAUGAUGAAGGUGAUGGAGUUGCUUACAGCUACAGUUUCUUCCACUUCAUCUUCCUGCUCGCAUCACUCUACAUCAUGAUGACCCUGACCCAUUGGUACAAACCGUCAGCUGACAUAAAGUACAUGGUGAGCAACGAACCGGCUAUGUGGGUGAAGAUCUCGUCAAGCUGGGUCUGCCUGGCUAUCUACGGCUGGACCCUAGUGGCUCCCAUCGUUCUCUCUAACAGAGAAUUCAAUUAGUGGAGUGAGGGAACGGAAAAAGUAAAAGAGAGAGAUUGAUUGAAUGAAUUAAUUUAAUGAGUAAUUGAGUUAGUGAAUGAGAAAAAGUUAAAAAUAAUGAGAAAAUGAGGUAGAAAAUGCAAGAAGAAAGUGAAAGGAAGAUAUUUGGAUGAUAUGAUAUAAAGUAUAAUUUUUGUUGUUAAUUUAUUGUAAUUUUGAAAUUUUUCUGGAAUCAACACUAUAAACAUUUAGCACUAAAUGUGUGUGUGAUUUUGUGGCGACAUGUAUUUGUGUGUGUAUAAUGUGUUUAAUAUGAAUCAAAAAUCCUUUCAACUUACGUAUAAUAUAAACCAUUAAUGGACUAUAACAGCUUAUCAAACACAUUAUCAUCUGGCUGGCUGGCUAUUUUUAAAAUAUGAAACACUGUAAACAUUUAAAAACAUGUAAGUGAACGAUGUUUUUAAUUUUGUAACAAUGAAAAUUUGUUUUCAAUUAAAUUUUUUUUUUUUUUUUUUUAUCACAAAGUUCUUUAUUGACGCGUGUAUUCUUCGAUAAAGUUGUCAGAUAUAA